GAGUGGUGUGUUUAGGUGCAGUACGGUAGAGAGGGGCGGAGGCUGUGGCGUUGCCGCUUUAGCCGCACUGUCUCAUUCAUUCAUUCAUUACUGCAGGUGGAAGUGAGGAGGUGCGGGCGGGCAGAAGGGAAUGAGGCGGGCAGCCCCCUGAGCUGGCUUGAACUCGCACCGUUUAGACACCCACCGGCGAUCGCUUGCUCUGCCAUGGAGGAGAGUGCGAGCGAGGCGCUGCCCGAGCUGAAGGAUCUGGAGCACAAGGUGGGACGGAAGACGCCCGACGCUUUGCUGCGCUGGCUGCGGGAGGACUCGGCUCCGGCGCCCGGGGACAAGGCGGAUUCUGCUGGCCCCGGGAGCAGCAUCGAGCCGGUGUCCGCUCCGGACAGACGCCAGUCUCAGGGGCUGGCGGAGAAGAUCCGAGUGCUGAGGCUGGAAAUGGCAUAUCUAAGGGCAAUUGAUAUCAAGAUAAUGCACCAGCUGAUGUCCAUCAAUGAAGGGAUUGAGGCAGUGAAGUGGAUUUUGGAAGAAAAGGGCACCCUUGCCAGUAGAUGUAGCAGUCUCACGAGCAGUAUGUACAGCCUUGUGGAGAGCCAGGAGACCUCAAGGAGAGGUAGCUGGAACAGCCUCCAGGAUCCAAAUGAUAAAUUGGAUGGGAUUUCUAUUGGAAGUUUUUUGGACACUCUGGCAGAUGAUAUGGAUGAGUACUGUCAGACUACCAUAGAUCCUUUGUCCUCAACACCAUCGAGUAAAAAUGGCCCUUUUACCACAACAGAGAAGGAAAUAUAUCCCAACGAGAUACUUUGCCAACAGACCAAUAUUGGGAACGGCUUUCUAGAGAAACAAGGGAACUUUGUUGCGGAUUGUAAUGUCGAAAACAAGUUCUCCCAUGAUAAACAAUCCAAAGAUGGUGGGAAACUGAAGAUACAGAAAAAUGGGAAACUUGAUUAUGAGGGCUGUAAAAAUAAAAUGCACAUUGAAUAUGAUGCCCAUUGGCACUGGGUGCAGUCGCAAGAUGAUGUAACAUUUCUGUGAGGAGGUCGGGUUGACAUAAUUUGAUGAAAGCAUUGAUAUUUAACUUUAUCUCCAUCAAACCAUUGCAUCGACUCCAAUAGUCAAAUUGAAACAUAUGGUGGUCAGAAUGGUAAAGUGUA